UUAUGUCUGAUAUAUAAAUCGCCUAAACAUCUCUGACGUGGCUAUUCCUCUCUCUCCAUAAUCUUUGGCCUUCUCCUCCCUCUCUCUCUCCAUUCUCAAUGGCGGCGAGAAUCGCACUGUUGAAGUACCUGAGAGUGGAAGCUCGGCCGGCACAACUUCGAAACCCUAGGCUAAUUGGAGGCUCUNAUAUAUAUAUACAACAAAAUGCAGCAAAAGUUACGAAUAAUGAAUAUGUCCUCGUUGUGGUUCAGCAACUUGUGGAUUGCCGAUCUAUGGCGAAGAAAUUGGCUCAUUACCUCUUUGUGUACUGUUACUAUUAUAUUUACAGAUGUCAUUUUACAUUUACUUGGCAGGUUGUCCCAAAUGCUCACUUCCAAAAUGAUCUUGGUUUAGAUAGUUUAGACACCGUGGAAAUCGUGAUGGCCCUUGAAGAAGAAUUUGUGUUUGAGAUUCCUGACAAUGAAGCUGACAAGAUCCACUCGAUAAAUUUGGCUGUUGAUUUCAUUGCAUCUCAUCCUCAGGCUAAAUAAAGGAACAACUGUAGCUUGAUGAAUGUCCAUUUCCGUUUAUACCUUUCUUUUCACAGUUCAAGUAUGAGCUGCUCUUCAUCUACUCACUUCUAGCAUGUGGUUAAUCUGCUCUAUGCUCUUUUAAGGAUUUGGGUCAUUCCAGAAGAUGAGUUACCAUUAUCGGCUAGAUUUGUUAUAAUGUCUUAGACAGCAGUUUAAUCUCUAUUAGAUUUGUGGUCUAUGCUGUUAGAAAGAUUAUUGCUGAUGAAAAUAAACCUAGCUGCAUGGUGGCAUGGGACAACAUGAAGUUUUUAAUCCCUUGUCUUCUCAUCGUUGGCUAAGCCAAACAUGUCUACAGUUUAAUUAUUGCCCAGAACUAUGAUCAUUUUGGUUGUGUUUUGUCGUU